UGGUCAGUAGUUGGCAACGUCUCCAGCCAAAGAUGGCUGCCUCCACAGUCCUUGAUUUUGACAAAUGGCUCUCGGUUAAAUUAAAAUCUUUGAACACCGAUGAAAGUAUAUUUGGAGACUACAUCAAGGGCAUUUUAGAAGGCGAAGAAUCUCAAGAUGAGAAAAUCGAGGCGCUCGAGGGAAUCUUGGUGGAAAUCUCUACGACAGAUGGCAUGACUCAAAAUGAGAUCUGCCAAGAAAUCAUAAACCAAUGGGAGUUGUGCCGGGCGGCUGCUGCUGAAGGGAAAUCCGACGAGGCGGUGAGAACAGCUGUAGAUAUACAAAUUGCAAGAAUCAUGGAGCAACAAGCCCUCAUCGUUGUCCCCCAGAAGAAGGCAUCUGAUGAAGAAAGGAAGCUGAAGCAAAACAUCUUGUCGCAAUACGCAGAGGUGUCUGAUGGUGAAGGAGGGCUAGACGAAGAAGAUGGUGGCUAUGAUGAUGAUUAUGAGGACAAACUUCUUUCUCGUAACACCAAUGCAGAGGAUGUCAUGAAGCUGGAAAAGCUCAAAAAGGAAUCCCUGCGCCAGGAUUCAGCCAAGAAGAAAGAAAAGGAUAAAGAAGAUCGCGAGAAGCAGAAGCAGCUCGCACUCGAUCGAAAGGAGAAGGAGAAGAAACGCACUCAAAAGGGAGAAAAGAAACGAUGAUACCCUCCAACAUCUUGUCAAGUACACUCGGAAGUAUCUGCUAAUCAUUUACAUUUGUGAUUUUCGGUGUCGGUCGCUGGAGAAAUAACUGAGCGGCAUUAUUAUAAUAUUGAAAAAAAAAACCUUUCAAGUUAGAAUGAGAAAGCAAGUUCUGAAUUGUUGUUUCAAUUUUCGGUGCUUUUUUUCUGUCUCCUUCUCUCUCGUUCAGGCUUUUAAAAAACUGUGCUCUACCAGCUAAAAUAGGUUAAAUUUUUCACUCUCCAUUUAUCCACCCACAUGACGUCGAUUGUCACGUAAAUUUGUGUACUGACAAUAAACUCACAAAAAGUACAUAAAAA